GGAAGAAAGUCUCAGACAGGAUAUCGAUGACUGAGGGAACAGCACUGACUGACUGACUGACUGACAGCCUAUAACAACACUCACAGCACGGUCAUGUCUAGCGCCAUCUAUGGCGGGAACAAAUCCGAUGAUAACUGCACCAAUGUGGACAGCCUGAUGAAACGCUACUACCUGCCCGUCAUGUACAGCGUCAUUUUCGUUGUGGGGCUGCUGGGUAACGUCACCUCCAUCGCCAUCUACCUGAUCAAGCUACGACCCUGGAAGUCCAGCAGUAUCAUCAUGUUCAACCUGGCGUUGACGGAUCUUCUGUAUGUUCUGAGUCUGCCUUUCAUGGUCUACUACUACACCAAUGGUGAAUCCUGGACCCUGGGCGACUUCAUGUGUCGCUUUCUGCGUUUCGGGUUCCACUUUAACCUAUAUGGUAGUAUACUGUUUCUCACCUGUUUGGCUGUGUUUCGAUAUGUCGUGGCGGCGCAUCCUCUGAGGGCGGCGCAGGUGCAGCAGAAGAGGUGGGGUAGCUUGGCGUGCGCUGUGGUCUGGGCCAUAGCCGUGGCAGAGAUCGUUCCCAUGCUCACCAUGAUCACCAUGGAGACUAAAAACAACAAGACCCAGUGUUUGGACUUUGCUAGCGGCGACCCGGCUGUCCUGUGGUGGUACGGCUGGCUGCUGACCGUGCUGGGCUACCUGCUCCCCCUGGUGGUGGUGGUGGUGUGUUACGCCGGUGUGGUCCGUGAACUAGCCAAGGGGCCCCACACCCACAACCCUUACCGAGUACGGGCACGCCGCCUCAACGUACUGAUCCUGGUGGUGUUUGUGGUAUGCUUCCUGCCAUACCACAUCCUGAGGAUCCUUAGAGUAGACACCAGGAUGAAGCCUGAGUCGUCAUGUAUGCUGGUGCACUGGGUCCACACCGCUUAUAUCGUGUCCAGGCCCGUAGCGGGGCUCAACACCUUCUUCAACCUGGCUCUGUACACCUUGGCCGGGGACAAGUUCCAGCAGGCCUUCCUCAGUGUGUUCCCCUGGGGUUCCUGGUGGACCAAGUUCAGGACUCACCUCAAACUCAGCCUGGCUGUCGUCAGUAAGCCCAGUAACACAGCUUCAUCCAAAAGGCCAGCAGCCAUGGAUAUGGCAUGAAAUAUAGUACAGUGUUCUGUUUAAUUGUGUGGACAUUACUAUCAUGGCAAUAUAUUUUCCUUCAAUAUUGUAUAUACUGUACUGUGAUCCUGUAAAUAGAAAACCUUUUAUCAUAUUUUAUUAUAUGCCAAUAUGAGGUUUACAACAUUGAUGUGGUUUCUAUAAAAAUAUUAGAUACGUGUAAAGAGUGACUUUAUAUGUACUGUAUAGUCUAAUUGAUAUUACCAUAUCACUUCAUUAUAAAUAAACGUUCAACAUAUUUGAUGCAUGACUUGAGAGAAACAAGAACAUGAUACACUUGACCCAGGA